CAGUGUAUCUGCUUCGCCCUGCUUGGGCUACUCAUUCGGCGAAAAUUAAUGGUGGUGUUCGGUUCUACGUCGCGCAAGGCACAGUCUCUAGAGUCUCGCAGAGCUAAGAAUACAUCUCAGAAAAUCGGCAACCAAUAUCCCAAGUUCAGCCAAGUUUGCGGUGUGUAGGCAAGCCAUCGAAAAGUAACGACCGAAAUAACGGCAGUUGUCGCAUAGCAAAUGCCAAUUGCGAAUUGCGAGUUGCAAACGCAAAUCAAAGUGUGCGCAGGAGAAUAAGAAACAAAGAAACGCAAUUAACAAACGUGAAGUAACAAUCCGGCAAAGCGAAUAAACCCGAUACCGAUUUCGAUCUGCACCAGAAAAACCUUAGGCACCCAACAGAUAUACAUCUCUAAAUGCAUCAGCUAAGCAACAGUAUUCUUGCUCAACAAUAAAUAUACGAAAACUCUGAACGCGUAAAUACAAGAAAUAUUUCCGUAGCCGUGAUUAUUUGUUGCAUUUGAAUAAAAACUUCGAAGAUACGGGCAGCAGAGUUAACGCAGCGAGCUUAAGCCAACAACGUAGUACGACUAGCAAAAGAAACCACCAAUUUAAUUUUAUCUAGAGAAACAUACAAUACGCAUACGCAAGCAAAGUAGCCAAAAUAUCUAUAUGUUUAGUACGUGUAUCGCUCAUUUAUGAUUGAUAUACUCGCAUAGCAAAGUUAUAUUUACAAAUCCCACAACAUAAUCGCAAGUGAGCCGCAAAAGACAACUGCUGCGAUACAGACCGCCGAGUUCGGUCAGAUCCACAUACACUUUCAUCCAAACCGCGUUAAGACAAAGCCAGCAAAAUAGAUACCAUGGAAGACAAUAACACGAGCAGCAGUGCGGGCGGUGCGUCCAUCAAACACGAGGAUCCAUCGGUGACACUCACAAUAAGGCUGAUUAUGCAAGGAAAGGAGGUUGGUAGUAUUAUUGGUAAAAAGGGUGAAAUUGUCAACAGAUUUCGUGAAGAGUCUGGUGCCAAAAUCAACAUUUCGGAUGGCUCAUGCCCGGAACGUAUUGUGACUGUGUCUGGUACAACUAAUGCAAUCUUUUCGGCAUUCACGCUCAUUACAAAGAAGUUCGAAGAGUGGUGCUCGCAGUUCAAUGAUGUAGGCAAAGUUGGUAAAACUCAAAUACCCAUUCGAUUGAUUGUGCCCGCCAGUCAAUGUGGAUCGUUAAUUGGCAAGAGUGGUUCAAAGAUCAAGGAAAUUCGUCAGACCACGGGCUGCUCCAUCCAAGUGGCCAGUGAAAUGCUACCCAAUUCCACAGAGCGGGCGGUUACCUUGAGCGGCAGCGCCGAGCAGAUCACCCAGUGCAUCUAUCAGAUAUGUCUUGUCAUGUUGGAGUCCCCGCCACGCGGUGCCACCAUCCCGUACCGACCAAAACCACAGGUUACUGGCCCCGUCAUCCUGGCCAAUGGACAGGCUUUCACCAUCCAAGGAAACUACGCGGUGCCCACACAAGAGGUGGCCAAGAACCCGCUGGCCAGUCUGGCCGCCUUGGGCCUGGCUGGGAUGAAUCCGGCCAGCACUGGGGGCAUCAACCACACAGCAGCCUUGGCUGCACUGGCCGGGUCGCAACUGCGUACAGCGAAUCCCGCGAACCGAGCCCAGCAGCAGCAGCACGAGAUGACCGUCUCAAACGACCUGAUUGGCUGCAUCAUCGGCAAGGGUGGCACCAAGAUCGCCGAGAUUCGCCAAAUAUCCGGCGCCAUGAUCCGGAUCUCCAACUGCGAGGAGCGCGAGGGCGGCAAUACCGACCGCACCAUCACCAUCAGCGGCAAUCCGGACUCGGUGGCCCUGGCCCAAUACUUAAUUAAUAUGAGUGUUGAGCUGCAGAAGGCCAAUCUCCUGGAGCAGGCCCAGUCCCAGCAGAACGGAGGUGCUGCCGCAGCUCCCGGAGCUGCUGCUGCUGGAGUGGCGGCAGUCACCGGAGCAGCAGCUCCGACCUCGGCCACAAACGGAGCUAUCACGACGGUGACCCUCACCAGCGGCACUGGUGUCGUGGGAGCCGGUGCUGCAGGAGCCGCCGGGGUUGCCAAUGGCGCAAAUCCGGCGGCAAACGGCGGCGGCAGCAAUGGCACCAUCUCCGCCACCGGAUACGCCAGUGCCAAUGGCGGCCAGGCCACAAAUGGAUCGGUCGGAGUAAACCCGGCAGCGGCCGCCGCCCUGUCCAGUCCUCUGGCCUCGGCCCUUCAGCUGCUGACCAAACCGGGAGCCCUAAGCGCUCUGUCCAACCUGAGCGCCCUCGACCUGCUCAACCUAACCACGCUGGGAAACACCAAUGGGGCCGGAGCCAAUCCGGGCGGACCGCCUGUGCAGACGACGGGCGUAAAUCGGGCAAAGGGUCACUAUGCCACCUCCCGAUUCCGGCAGCACCAGACGGAGACCGGUGGCGAAGCGGAGAAGCCGCGCAACAAGUUUAAUCCGUACUAGGGGUAGGGCUGCAGCUGCGUUAGCUGGAGAGCAGUGGAGAUAUAGUCCCGUAGAUAUAUAGGUUUUCAUGGUAGCGUUGCGAAAGCUUUAGUCUUUAGAUUCUUGAAGAAGAAAAAUUGUAUAAAAUUCGCUUUAAACUUAUGUGGUAUGCAUACAAUUUGCAAACGUAUUCAUAUUGUAUUCAAAUUCGUAUUCGAAGUUUCAAGACAAUUCUUACAUCUAGUUAAAGCACAGUAUCAUCCCAGUUAUAUGUAGACAGAACCUACGCAAUAUUUAUCAACGUUUUUGAAAAACAAUCUAACCACAACAAUAAGAAGUCACACUUAGAUUAGCCGCAUAGGGCAGCUAGAGAUUUGAAUAAUGGAUCAGAAUCGAAAAUCAAGCACUUAAACCAUUUUGUGUAUUGAAUACGUAGGGACAGGGUCAUCUGUGUAUGGCCCGAUUGAAAUAUUUUGACCAAGUGACCAAGGACCCUAGUGGGCGCUAUAGAUUUUGGACCCCAAAACUUUUGAUAAAUGCCUAGUAUGACUUAUAUACACCGGUACAUAGAAAUGUAUCGAACAUAACAGAAUUUGCCAAAUUUUAGCGCAUCCCCUAGUAUCGUUCUUCGAAGCUUUAGAUUAGAUUAGAUCGCGUUUAUCGGAUUCGAAUACCGAACAUCGGAUAUAGAGCAGGUACCGAGCAUAAAUUUAUCCUCAACAGCCAACAAUCUUUACCCAAUCCAUUCAUUGUAACAUAAAACACGAUCCAAUACUUAUAAUCAAUUGUACUCUCUUAGAUAGUAAGCACUAAACGUAUUUUUCCUAUAUAUACGAUUAUAUUAUUUAAACAUUAAGCAUAAAGACCCAAAAGCCAUUUUCCGACUAAGGAAGCCGCAGCAAAGAAAGUGAAGCAGACAGAUGAUGAAAUAAAAAAUAACCUUCUAUAAGAAGUUUACAAAUAGAAAUUCCAAUGCGUAGAGCCCCCGAGCAAAGAGGAAACGAUGGGUUUUGAGCUCUGAGCGAGGGGGAUCAACGACCUUUAUGGACCAAUUCGCUCUAAUUGACGCAAUCCACGCAAUGAGCGUACAAAAACCAACUAUUUGAAUAGAAAAACGAACACACAGAGAAACACACGAAAACGCUUAGAAAUGGCGGUCAAAGAAUCAUAUUUAAGGCUUAUGUUUCGCGAAAGGAGAAUUUUUGCAUAGGAUUGAAGAGAACGUUAUAUUGUAUUAGACUUUAAGUCUUCGAUUGUUUAUGGAAUUUUAUUUGUUGGUUUUACCAAUUUUCCAAACCCCAAUUUUGUAUUUAUUACGCGAUUGUAUAUUUUUGUUAUUAUUUGUAACCAAAUUUUUUUUUGAAUUGGUCAAAAAUAUAGUUGAAAAGUAUUUGGAAAUUUGAUUUUCUCUACCCUAAAUCACACGAAAUUACAGUAGCUAUUUUAAUGAAAUUUGAUAUGAUUUUCUUAUUUUUAUAUUUACCGGUAGUUCUAAGAAGAAUGACACAUUAUUAUGUAUCGCAUUAAGCUAAGCGGGCUUACGAUUUUAUAACCAAAUUAUAUUCCUAACUAUCCAUACAUACAUCUACAUACAUACAUACAUACAUACAUACAUACCCGUGCAUACAUAAACUAAACUUAUAUGCGAACAUACUUAUUAUGGCUCAUUAACACAAUGUAGUUAAAAAGUAAAGAAGAAGCGUAUAAACAUUAAAUCGUAUAAUUAAUUAUAAUACUUUUGGUAUUAACGAAAAUAGGCACAUAGGCACAUAGAACAACAACAGCAGUAGGAACUGCAACAGCGUCGGUAACAAAGCAAAACAGUUUAUAUGCAAGAAAAAAUGAUGGAAGACACAUGAGUUUGUAAUAAAGUGAAAAAUGAAUACUAAACGAAUGCAAAAUGGGCGUCCCAAAAUCUUCUUAGUCGGGGGAGGGGAGUUACCGGUGUGGCAGAACGUUUUGUGGACACCUAAUCACAAUCUCUUAAUGAAACUCUUCCUUUAUCCUUUCAGAAUAUCAAUGGAGACUGCUGGUCUGCCCAUACCUGGUUAUCACUACAUUGCGCCCAGUGCAAUUGUUAAAACACCCAUUCACUAAAUUCAACAAUCAACCGCUAGCUAAGCAACAGCCACAGCAUCAACCCGAAGCCGUAGAAGAACACCGGUGCCAGGAGCAGGAGCGGGAGUAGGAGCAGGAACAUGAGAGGCAGAAGGAGCUGGAGAAGGAGCAGCAGUAACCUGAACGUCAAAUGUUAAUUCAUAAGCAAUAUAACAGAAGCGGCAAAUGAAGGAUAACUUAGCUCAUACAUUUGACACUGUCGGCAAUCACACAUUGAAUACAUUACUGAAUACACUCAUACCCACGGACACACUCACAGACAGACUCGAAGAGAAGCAUACAUACACGUUAUAUUUAUUCAUUGAUUCUUAUUAAUUAUGAUACUUUCAUUAAGUUUUAAAUGCAAGGGCAAACAAAUACAAGAACUUUUAUGUUAGACCGUUUUCAAGGGGCCCAGCGGAUAACGUGGGGCCACCCGAAGUAAGAACAGAACAGCAAUUAAUUGUAAGAUUAGUCAAAAUGAAGACAAAAUAAAAAGUAUAAGAAUCAAUUAACCACAUACAAUUAACAUACGAGAAAACAAACGAAAAGGCAGAAACUUGUGCACGAGCAUGACCAAAAAGGAGCGACAAACACGAGGAAGUGAAAUGUUUGAGCACUAAAAGAACGGAUAUGAAUGAAACAUUGAACAGACAAGCAGCAAACAAACCAAGCAAGCAAAGACAGACAGACAGAAAGAAGAUGAUCACAGACACCACAUAAAUUUAAAUAUUUACUGCAAAUUGCAUCUAGCUUGAUGUUUGCGUUUGUUAGUUUGUUAUAUGUUUACAUAUAUAUUAUAUAUAGACACGGCGAUGUAUUGAUAUGAUAAUUUUUUAUUUUAUUAUUUCUAUUAUUGUAAUUGUUAUCGAAAUUGUAUUUGUGAUUUUUGAAUAUGUUUAGACUGAUGUGCAAAAUUGAUUCUGUUUAUUAAUUACAAGUAAACUACAUACAUAUAAACAAUUAUGGACUAAUUAAUAUAUCUCUCUCCUUCGUUCUAUAUUCUAAUCAAAUUACUCAUUUAUUCAAAAUUAGACUUAAUUUGUUGGCUGCAACCAACGUGAUAAACGAACAUCUAUCUAACUAGCAAAGGGAUUCACAAUUGAAUUUCGUAUCAAAACGUUGUAGUUUCUUUUGAUUGGUUUCUAGUGAAAAUUCCUGCUAUUGGUGACCACAUUAAAUUUACAUACAAAUUAGCGAAAACAAUUCGAGUUACAAUAAUAUUUUUAAGCACUUUUGCGGCGAUUAAAAAGACUUUCUGAAGCGUGGAAAAACGAGGAAUGGAAUUAAAUAUAUUACAAUUAUGCUUCAAUUAAAGUAUAAUUUAAAUUUAUUAGCUGUUAAAUUUAUACGCAAAUCGAAACUUAAAACAAAACAAAAAAGAACCACAACAAAAGAGAAUAUCAAAAAUAAAUUGAUUUUCAAUGUUACAAUUAACUUAAUUUUAUUCUAAUUUAGUUUAUAGGCUGGGCAGUUAAAACCAAAAAAAAAAUCAACAAAAACACAAGAGUGGUAAUUACUUUAAGACACUAAAACGUUUAGUUACUUAUACACACUAAUUCACAAUAAAGCCUCUGUAUAUGAGCUAAACGGUUUUGAAAGCCGAAGGUGAAAGCGAUAGAAUCAGUUUGCGAAUGGCAAUGUGUGUCAAAUUUUAUUAUACAUAUUAAUUAUUUAGUAAGAGGAAUUAUCAAAGCAUAUAAGAUAACAAAAAACAUAUCCACUGCAAACGAAAACCAAUCUAACCACAACUUAUUAUAUUAACCAACACAAAAUACAAAAGGCACACAUUAUAAAACCGAACAAUGCAUACAUAUAUAGGCAAACAUAUCCCAGAGAACGCAAUGAAUGAAUCUUUAAAGAUGUAUAUGAUUUAUAAAUUUUCAAAAUUUUUCCACGGUAUUUGUUUUGACGUGAGGAAUUGACUAAAAAACCACUGAAAAGUGUUUUCCCUUAAACAACUUCUCCUGUCAACACUCGAAAUUGAACUUAAGUUUCACCAGUCAUUCACCAUUUUACAUCUUCCGCUCACACAUGAAAGACAAACUUAUGAACAACAAAACUUGAUUACAGGAAAUUGUUAAUAGCGUAAAGUGUAAAAGUAUAAAUAAAUGAGCAUAUAAACCAAUUUAAACAAUAGGACGAGCCUAGCCCAAAGCUAGCCCUAGCUCCUCUUCUUGAAAAAACGAUGAACUAUUUGAGGAUCAAGUACCAGGCAGGCGGUGGAUAAAUGAUAUUCAUACGAGUAUGGCGAAACUAUUUCGUGAUUUUAGUGACAAAUAUAUUUCGCUGACGACAAACAAUUUGAAGCAAUCAUUUUGAAAUCAAGAACUUCGGUUCCCAGCUAAAGGUGAACCGAAAGAAAAAAAGGAUGAGAAUAUUGAGAAACAGAAAUGAUAAAUCAGUCAAGAAACCGUAUAUCUAUAUAUGAAUAAAUGAUAUAUAUAUAUAUAUAUAUAAAUAUACAUAAAUUAAAUAUAUACUUAUUAUGUACACUUGUAUUUAAAUGUAUUUGAAAUAUUUAGUAAAUUUUUUGCGCAAGUUACACAGAAAAAAAACAACAAACAAAAACACUAAAAAAAAGGUGAGGGCGGCUACGGAGAUAGACGGGUCAACAGUGGCUAACUGGGACUAUUUGUAAAAUAAACUUAAUGAAAGGGAUAAUUAAUUUAUGUGUAUGUGUGUAUAAGAGGAGUAGCUCAAAAGAUUUCACAAACAAUUUUUACUAAAUAUGCGUGUAAUUAAUGUAAUUAUUAACGACAUUUUGUUGAUAACUUGUACAUUUGCAAAGGAAAAAUACGUGUAAGAAAAGCAAUUUUAAUGGUGCCUUAAAAACCAACCAAGCAAAUUUCUUCUAGCCUGCCUUGCCUGCCCCCCCUCAGCGAACUCAGUACUCAACUGGAUGGCAUGUGAGUUUUCCACUCCUUUCUCCCACUCUUCUCGGUACUUCCCAGGAGCUCUAGCUCAUCCUUGAUCGAUCGGAUCAGAUCGGGUCAGAUCAAUUGGGAGAGCCCGCCGAUAUCGUGCGACAUGCAAAGUCAAAACAAAAAAAACUUGUUACUUUUCGACAUAAAAACUUAUCCCUUUUAGCGACACAUGGUGACCCACAAUUGCUCAAAGCUAUCCGAGUCUGUGCGCAGUUGCCCGUUACACAUCAAUCCGAAUGCGAAUUUGAGUCCGAGUUCUACUUGGAUUCGGUCGAGAAGCGAACUAAAACUUCAAGUGCACGUAGUGGAUACUAUUAGGACACUGAGGCCCAGGAGAAUAUUGACAGCUAGCCCGAACAAAUGAUUACCCAGGACACAAGCAAACAAGAACAUAAUAUUAAACGUAUACAGCAAAAACACACAUAUUAAUGUUUCUCUCAGUGUAAUUACAAAUCACUUGAAUGUAUUUGCUCACAUUUUUACAAUACAUGUCGAAGAACUCUACACAAUAAGCAACAAACGUAAAAGCAUUUAAGGCACUUGAUCGAUCGGUCGGUCGAAUGAAUGAUGGAUCGUUGGAUGGAUGCAAGGUCAUUGUUAAUGGAAACACAACUGUAGGAAAAGAGUCUAGGAGUAUGAAAAGCAGUAUAAAGGAAAACCAAUCCAAAAACAUAUUUAUAUACAAAUAUAAAGCAAAAAUGAAACUUAACAUUAAGGUAUUUUAGAUAUUCUUAUUUAAUAUCCAGAAAAAAGACAAGAAAUUAUACGAGCGAAGUGUUAAUUUAGGCGCAAACUUAUGGAGAGAGAAAUGGGAGAUCGGGUCUAAGUAAUGAACAAAUAUACGUGUAUUUAACUAACUAAAUAUCGGUAUUAGAAUUGUUAAGGAACUCCGAUAGGAUCUGAAAGAGAAAGCUGGAACGCAAGGAACGGGGGAGUGUAUUAGGGCCUGCCCUAACAAUAAUUCCCGCAGAAGAAUGCUACCAAACCUGUUAUUCGAUUCUGUUACUUACAUACGAGUAUCCAUUUUAGUUGCCACUUUAUCGCGUAUGAGCCGCAUACACAAAGACAGAUGGGGAAAUAUAACUACGUGUAUUCCAAUUCAUCAAAGCAAUUGAAGAAUUAAUAGAACACCUAGGCAAGCAUAGAGCGCUACGGCCAUUUGCCACUAGAAAUAUACGAAACAUCUAAGGUUUCUCAGCAUAACAAAAUGAAUCAAAGCAUAAGCAAAUAUCGUUCAUAAUAUCUUAUAGCCCUAUGUACGUAGAGUCACAACUUAACCACUGACACAUCACAUGUAUGCAUACACAUAGACAGGGGCCCGUAGCUUCUUCAGACAAUAUCCAUAGGUAUUUGCCGGUAUCUCUGAUUACUGGGUAUUGGGUAUUCGGUAUUGGAAUCGGAUAGAAACACUUCAACAUCAGUGGGGGUUUUCAAAGAAAUAAGCAUAUGUUUAUAUAUAUGUGUGUGUUUGUAUAUGUGUAACUAGAAGGUUAAAGAUCUCUCAAUCCAAAAAUGGGAACCGAAAACCAAGAAGGUCACUGCAUUCCCUUGUUAAUCAGCAUGUGGAUUAUUAAGGGGGGCAAACUAUUUGCCGCCACGUCGUACUCUCUCUUACUCUCACCUUUGGAGAAGACGAAAAGAAUGAAUAAGCAGCAUAAAAUUGAUAAAACUGAACAAUUGGGAUCAACUUAUAUUUUAAAUAUAAGAUUAAAUUGUAAAAAAAUAACAACAAACAAGCCUAGGCAACCCCUUAAUUAAGCCCCGGAGUUUGUAGAAGUUACGUAAAUCUAGCACGUCAAAAACGUAGAGGAGAUUCACACAAUUUGUGCCAAAACAAUGAGGUAGACGACGAAUAGACACCAACUUGAACUGGCCAAAAGCGCAACAGCAGCCACAAACGAGAACGCAAAGUAAAUGUAAUUCUUUGCUUUUUUCGGGGAACAACACAGAGGAAUUAUACGAAUUUCAAUGGAUUCACAGUCGACAGAAACAGAAAGCUACUCACAAAAGUAUUUAAAUGUUCACAUUUGCUCAAUGCAAAGCACUUAAAGGAGCUUAUUUAACAAAAACCAAACCAAAACCAAACGAAUACUAAUUCAUAUAGAUGUGCGUAAUCAUUUCCACUUAAAUAACAUUCAAUCUGGCUGUACUCGCAGUUUUAUUGCUAGAAGGUGCCAAAGAUCCCAGAUGAACCAAAGCUAAGUUGGACGGCAGUUCAUUCCCCAUUGGUUUCGUUGCAUACUUUUAGGCGAAACUUUGAGGCGUUCAGACUUGCGUUGCACUUCGGUUAACCCUGAGCUUUUGUUGCUCUUCUCCAGACUCAAGAUGAAGGGGCAAAAGGCAACACAGUCGCACCUUAAGUAAAUUACCGAGGAAAUGGGUAAAUUAAAAGUAAACAAAGCUAAAACUAACUAGACAUAUUUACAAGUUGAAGAAAACUGCAAGGCAAUCAUAUAACUAGAGCUUCAAUAAUAAAAAAAGGACAAAAGUCAUAACGGGGAAUAAUUAUGGCUAUGAACCCAGUUGAAAAUGCCUGGAGAGUGUUUUGGAUGAAUAUAUAUUUGAGCAAUACUCACAAAUGAAUUAAGCUACUUGCGUUGUUAUUGUGGUUAAAGCAAAGUAAAAAAAAGGAGAAGGGUUAAAGAACAAAACCAAAAGUUAGUGCCAAUUUUUAGUGCAAAUUUUUGCGUAAUUGUUUUCAUUUCAACGUUAUUUAAGAUACUCCACAGUAAAAAAAAGAAGUAAAUGCAAACGAACAGUUGGUUUCAGAACCACCAAUUUUUGGGAGACUUUCAAAUCACAGACACCGCGGACCUAAAAAGGACCGACCAGGACCGUCGGACUAACGUAAGGCAAAAGCAAACCCGCACGUAGCACCAGCACCGCAUAGUUUUCGAUCUGAAGCAAAGUGUGUAGUGUAGUGUAGAGGCUAACCAACAUACUUACGUUUAGAUACACCACUCCACUUUGCACCCAUAGGUUCCAGAGUACACUUGAAAACAGAAACUCUUGCGUUACAGUACACUCAAAACAAAACUAUGGAACAUACAUACACAAGCCAGUAAGGAGAACCGAUGCAAUGUUAGAGCGGCUAUCUCAGUCAUAGAAUAAAAUUAAGCCAUAAGUGAAAUGAAUAUUGUUUAUCUGUGUACAACAAUAAUAUAUAAAUAAUUCUUAAAUGUGUAUUAUGACUCUAAAGAGAAUAAGCCAACCCGAACAACACGCAACUGAACCCUAUGACACACGGCUACACGGCUAUAUCGAAAGGGACCUGGGGCAGAUUCGAUCAGAAUCGAAACCCCACGAUCAGUGGCGGAUUGGUUUGAUUUCAGACCCAGACAGCCCUAUAGACGAUGCUCUUCACAAAGCUAUACACAGGCCCGAACACACAGAACUUAAUCACAGUAUAAAAUUCUUAAAUAAUGGCGAAAUGUACAAGAGAAAAGCGAGCGGAAUAGCAAGUUAAAAUAAACAAAGCAAAGUAAUGUGAAACAAAACUCGAAAAGCAAACAUUAUUUACAACAUAUUUACAAUUCUAUAAAUUAUAUUUAAAAGUAUUUACAUAUAUACCAAGAACAAACUCAAUGUGUAAGUACGUGCGACCCCACAAAGAGUGCAAACGAACCCAAUGAGGACACGGUCUCACAAACACACAUACACGCAUACACACAUACUCACACAUCGACACCACAUCUACCACUCACGCAUACGCAGGCAUCGCCAUUAGAGUGUAACGGUACAGGACGAACGAGCUGGAGAGCACCACUCUGGGACUGCCUUCUCUGAUUACUGCGACACUUGGAUACCCUAGAAAAAGCAUAAGACACACAGAUGUGCAAUACGACAGACUCGAACACAUAGUCACACGCAAAGUUAAGUGCAUUAUAAUUGAAUUUAUAGAGCUAAACGAAGCUACUAAGUGGAAUUAUUUAAACUGAUUAACUGAUUAUGAUUAUUAUUAACGAUGCUUACGCAUUUACUCACAACUCAUAUACACACCUAUAUAUAUAAAUAUAUAUAUAUCUAUAUAUAUAUAUAUCUAUAAUAUAUAUAUAUCUAUAUAUAUAUCUAUAUACAUGGCAUAUAUCGCUGAAGAAUAUUUUCGUUGAUAAAACAAUCCAUAUAAGCAAAUAAAAAAAAACAUCAUAUCGAAAACAAACAUUACUGCAAGUUUACCCAACCAAAAGAAAUUGUAGGAAAUCAAGAUCGAUUUUUAAAAGCUACGUAAAUGUGUUGCGUUCUUUGAAUAAAUGUUUUUGAGUCAAAUUUUUACUUCGAAAACAAAUAAAGUCUUACAAAGUAACAUAAUUAAUAGAAAGCAAGACACACAGGCAUAAACAUAAGAACGUUAAGCUAGAUACAUUCUUACAGAGUAUCUGUGUAAAAAUCGUGCAGUAUUGCAGAAAAAUUGAACAUAAAAAUGUACCACUUGUCUAAGAAAGAAAGAAAGAGCAAGAUAUAAAAAACAGAAACAAAAAAAGAAUUUAACACAAUUUUUGAAUUCAUUAAAU